AAUGGAUUCUCAGAGCCCAAGAAAUAAAUUAUUUAAGAGCAAUUUGACUUCAUUGCUUACUAAGAGAUUAAGUAAAAGUGAGCACCCAGGACUGAAGAAUAAAAAGAUUCAUAGGAAGAGUAUCGGAGGAAAAUUUACAAUAAAAUAAGUUCAAAUAGAGUAAUUAUGCAAAAGACAAGAGAAAGAAAGAGAUUAAAAUUUAUUUCACCAAAUAUCAAGCGGAAUCUAAAACACCAAGAAAGUAUGAGCUUCUUAGACCUGGCUAAGAAUUUAUCAAAUAUAAAGGAUCCAUCUACACCAAACUUUGGGUAUGAAGAAACUAUCCUCCCCUUCGGUGGCAAGAAGCCAGUUUCCUGGAAAGUUGUGGCUGAUGCACUUGGAAUCCACAAAGAUAUCUUAGAAGAAACCCAAAGACCCAAGAAGAAAAAAAUAGUAAGACCUCCGAAGAAGAAGUCACGAAGACUAUCCUCUAUUCGGAAUAUUUCUUCUACAGAUGCUUCCCAGUUCAAGAUUGGAAAUCGAAUUAUCGAGCAAGCAAAGGAAAAGAAGAAGAAUUUUGAGAAGGAACUAGAGAAAAGAUUGCAGUCAAUGAAAACAAGAAAUUUAAAAUCAACAAUGACUCUUGAAACUCUUGAAAAGAAUGCUAUUGAUAAGCUUACAGAUUCACAAAUGAAGCCAAAGGAUAUUAUAAAUAUUAUCCAGAACAGUAAGCGAAAACUACCUAACAAAUUGCUUGAUGGCCAAAUCUUGGCGAAAAUGCCCUAUUUCAAAAUCUGGAAGAUAAAGAAAGAUGCAAAGAAUCUUCAAGACAAGAUUAAGGAAGACCGUAAAAAUACUCGUAAUAUGUUUAAAAGUUCUGAUAAUCUAAAUUACACCACAGAGGACUUUGAUAAAGCCCUGACUAGUCCUGAAAUUCAGGAGAUUACUUCUAAAAAGAAAUCAAAAUACAGGAUUCUGUCAAAAACUGAUUUAUUAGGAGCUUCAAAGACUUCAAAUAUUGAUUUAAUGACAAAGAAUAAUUUUAAAGAGUUGUUUUAUAAAGUCCUUACAUAUUUGAAGAAGGUUAAAGAUGAGAAAAAGAAGCUUGAGAGUAUAUACUCUGAUGACCACCGUCCUAAGUUUGUCAUAGUGAAAUAAUCAUCUAUCUAAGGAUGAAUUAGACCAAGAUGCUUCUCUAUAUUUACCCCAACAUACAAGUUGUAGUAAGGGAGCUCAUUUUAGGAGAUUAAAGAAUUUACACCUCAAUUUUCUUAAAAUUCUAGAAAGAAGGCUUGAGAGUUUUGACAAGGAUUGCUCUAAACUUCUUCAGUGCACAAAUUGUAGUAGCAAGCAUAACUUCAAAUAAAGCUAAAAAGAACCUACAGAUUAUUUAUGUUCAAGUAAAGAAGAAAAAUUUUAAGUUUACCAUCCAAGGAGAAAAUAUUUUUGAAGCAUUCAAUAACAACUGUGUGAAGAUUUUUAAAGAAAUUUACAGACUCAAAGUCCCAUUACACAACCUCGCGCAAGAAUUCCAAUCCCUAAAAUUCCGUCACCAUAACGUCCGGUCUUUAUCCAGCGACAGAAGUUCCAGGCUAGUCCUCUCCAAUGCAACCAGCUACAAGCCUCCAUGCACAAGUUUUUCCAUAUAACCCCCUAAACUUU